AUGUCGGAAAAUGACGAGCACGAUCAUAGAUCGACACGCUCCCAUCCUACCUCGGAUACCUCUUCAGAUACCGAAGACCCCGCAUCGCGGACACCGUCGCUUUCCCGAGGGAUUGCAGAGUCUGUCAAGUCAAGACGCAUGUCCAAGUCCAACCCCAAGGAUGCGGAUCUCGACCGCAUUCACUCUGCGAAGUACCCCGACGACAACGCUGUGUAUCACAGUCACGACGACGAUGACCUUGACAUGACUGAUGAAUCCUCACUGGAGGCCGCCAAGGUCGAUACCAUCCAGGAAGUAAGAGGUGGAAUCGUGAACGAGCGAGAUGUGGACCUGGAAAGAGGCCAGCAGGAGGAAUCAUCCGAGCUGGAGAAAAUGAAGACGUUGAAAUCGACUAAAUCUCGUCAUGGCGGCAAGCUGGUGACAUGGGAUGGACCCGACGACCCUGAAAACCCCAAGAACUGGCCUACUAAGAAGAAGUGGGCAGCGACCAUCACAGUCUCUCUAUUCACCUUCAUUUCGCCCGUAUCUUCCUCAAUGGUUGCACCAGCCUUGACCACCAUCGCCGCCCAAUUCAACGUCACCGACCAAAUCAUCUCCCAACUCAUGCUCUCCAUCUUCGUCCUCGCAUACGCCGUCGGCCCACUAUUCCUAGGCCCCCUCUCAGAGAUCUACGGACGAACAAUCGUCCUCCAACUUGCCAACCUAUUCUUCCUCGUCUUCAACAUCGGCUGCGGCGUCUCCCAGACCAAAACCCAACUAAUCGUAUGUCGCUUCUUCGCCGGCCUAGGCGGCAGUGCCCCCCUCGCCGUCGGCGGCGGCGUCCUAUCCGACUGCUUCAGACCCGAAGAACGAGGCAAGAGCAUCGCAAUCUACAGUCUAGCCCCCCUCCUCGGCCCAGCCCUAGGCCCCAUCGCGGGCGGCUUCAUCGCCGAAAACACCUCCUGGCGCUGGGUCUUCUACUCCGUCUCUAUCGCAGAUGGUCUCAUCCAAUUCAUGGGCCUCUUCUUCCUCCAGGAAACCUACGGCCCGCGGAUCCUCCGCGACCGCGCAAAGCGCAUGCGCAAAGAAACAGGCGACACCAGCUACCAGACCGAAGCAGAGAUGCAAAAGAAGACCCUCUCCCAAGUCCUCCGCAGCGCCCUCGUCCGUCCAUUCCGCCUCCUCCUCACCCAAUCCAUCGUCCAAGUCGUCGCCUGCUACAUGGCCUACGUCUACGGGAUGAUGUACCUCGUCCUCUCAACCUUCCCCUCCCUCUGGACAAGCAAAGACUACUACAACGAAUCCAUCGGCAUCGGCGGCCUAAACUACAUCUCCCUCGGCCUGGGCUUCUGGUUCGGCUCGCAGCUCUGCGCCCCGCUAAACGACCGCAUCUACAAGCGUCUCAAGGCACGCAACAACGGCGUCGGAAGGCCAGAGUUCCGCGUGCCCCUGCUCGGCAUCGCGGCCGUCCUGAUCCCAACGGGACUGUUCAUCUAUGGCUGGACCGCGCAGACGCACCGGCACUGGAUCGCGCCGAAUAUCGGUGCUGUCCUGUUCGGCGCGGGGACUAUCAUUUCCUUUCAGUGUAUGCAGACGUACAUGGUCGAUGCGUACACGAGGUUCGCGGCGAGUGCGCUCGCUGCUAGUGCGUUUAUGCGAUCGCUCGCUGGAUUCGGGUUCCCGCUUUUCGCCCCGUAUAUGUAUGACAAGUUGCAUUAUGGGUGGGGGAAUAGUGUGUUGGCUUUUGUGGCGAUUGCGAUUGGGAUUCCGGCGCCGAUCUUUUUGUGGAAGUUUGGUGAGGUGUUGAGGAAGAAGAGUACUUAUGCUGCUGGGUAG